UUUAUAAUUAUGACUUAAAAAAUUUAAAAGUAAUAAUUUUAAGUAAAAUCCAAAAACCUAUAAGAAAGAAAAAGCCUAUAAAUAAAUAUGGCAGUUACUAACGCUAUGUUUCUCUUUGAGGUGGUUGUCGAAAGCGUUAAAAGCUUGGUGGAAAGCAGAUUGUUAAUAAUAAGGAGUGAAUUCGCAGAUAUAUUUUCGCUUGAACUAAAGGACCCUAAGCAAAUGUAUAUCGUUAUACCUGAUCCUCCUCCUCUGCCGCCAGAGCCACCGGGAAAAAAAGGCAAGAAAAAACCACCCAAGCCUAAAAAGGGGAAGAAGGGGAAAGUGGUAGAACCACCACCUGAACCGGUGAUCCAGUCCGGCCAGUCAGUUUUAUUUACAAGCACCGCGGAGUUUUUAAUACAAACAAUGAAAAAAUUUCCUAUGGAGCUUUCAUUGUGGAGUAAAGAAGAUAACUUCACUUACAUAGGCUCAUCAAAUGUCCCCUGGGACCCGAUGUUUUACACAUAUUUACAGAACAUUUGUAAUGACCAAGAAGCUAUACCUGUAACAUUAAAUGAGGAAUAUAACAUAUUCGAAGAAGGCACUGCGAAGUUGAUGGCAAAAAUUAGCAUACAAGUCAAGUUAAGCUACCUGACGGAUAGAGUUGAAACGUGUUUUCGUACUCUUUCUGAAGACCCAACAGUGAAGAAAGUGCUAUAUACAGGCAUUAAUUGUAAAACAACUUCAUACAUAUGUACUUUAAAAACAACAGACGAAAUUUUUGAAGAGAACUGUAACAAAAUAAAAAACAAUUAUGUAAUAGAUAAACCAAAGCCAAAUAAAAUUGCUUUUGCUGAUUAUAAAAAUGCUCCGGGUGCUAACUUAACAUUCUUUAACGAUGGUGACUACUGCUGUAUGGGGAAUGCAAAUAAACCACCAGACUCUAUAUACAAAUCACCUGAAACGUGUCCCGAUAUUGACUUCAUAAUUGACUAUAUUAGGAAAAUUAUAGUCUCGUGUAACGAUAAUAUGAGAAUGCUGACACCACGCCCGACCAUACGGCCUAGAAUAAAGGCGACUGACAUAGACCGGCUCUGUUAUUGUAAAGAAACUAACUGGCCAGAAGGUCAAUUCGCUGAGAGAUUUAAAAAUGAAGCACUCUCAGGUCCCUGCCCUAUGUGUAUCAAUGCUGGCAAAAGGAUACCUGGAUCUCGAGCAACUACUUUUGAUAUAGCUAACAUAAGAGGUCCUUGUGGAAGAGCCGAUUGUAGAAUAGCAAGAGAUAUGAGAGCAUACAUUGAAAAACUUGUAGAAGAAGAUGACAAAGAAAUAAAUAUUGAAGAUAUUAUUGGGCCAUGUGGUAGUAAAACGUGCACUUUAACUGAUAUAAUUCAGCAAUUUUUACGCCACGAAGGAGUUUUCACUGAGAUUAGUACUGUGGAAGGCCUCUCCACACAGUGCGCAUGUAUUAAAACGAUGCAGGAGGCUUUGAACAAGAAAGAAACUUGUAAUUCUUCUUGCAGUAAAGAUUGUAAUGAUAGUGAUAGUGAAGCGAGUCAGUGUGGAGGAAAUAUAUGUCCAUAUGGAAAAGGACCAGACAAAAUGCAGGAGUAUGAUGUGUACUAUUUCACAGUGGAACAUGAUUUCGACAAAAAUACUGAUAGUUCGUCACCUACAAAUACUAAUAAAUAUAGUUCAACUGGCUGUCCAAGUGACAGACAAGAAAAAGAGUCAUGCUCCAGAACCACAUGUUCAGCUUUGAAUAGAGAAGGUGAAGAUGUCGAAGAAACACAAUGUCACGAUCCUGUAUGUCCAACAACACGAAUAUUUCCACCCAGUCCAGCAGACAGUGAUAUUAUGAUAGAGCUGAAAGAUGUAUGUAACCCAUGCAGUUUCAAGACCUGUGAUGUAUCUGAAAAAGUAAAAGAUUUCAUUGUUGAUGGAAUAUUAAAUAAAAAGGACAAGACGAAUGAUGAUGAUCCCUGUUACUGUGAUUGUGUAUGUACAUUUAAUUUUUCUAAAAAGACUACUUACUGUUCAGUAUGUGAAGGCUAUGAAUGUUUAGGUGACGAUGUAAGACAAAUGCCAGAUUAUGCAAAACCCCAUCCUUGUCCCGUCUAUCACAAAUUGUAUGAUAAAAAAUAUAUCAAAGUGCAAAGUCCGUGGCCAAACGAAGAUGUAAAGCCAGUUGAUACUAUCAGUAUCAAGAGUUCACGGACAGCGUCUAAGCCUCCUACAUCGGCUGAUAGAGGAUCAUCACAUGCAAAAUCAUUGCUCGAUAGAAGAUCUGAUAAAACAAGUGAUGAAAAAGUAAAAAAGCAAAAGAAAGAGAAGAAGCAAGUUGGAAAAUUUACAGCUAACGUGGAAAAAGUGACGCCUUCAACGCCCGCUGUAGUAAAGAAACCGAAACCUUCAAAGUAUCCAUACCCAGGAGUACCAAAGCAUAUGGGUUGGAAUUGGACUGCUGAAGAUAUCCCUGGAAUGAAGCAACGACCGAAAUGGAAACCGGGCGCUGCCAAUAAAAUUUUGGUUAGACGCUACAGAGCAUUAAGAGAAGGAGUUGAUAAUAUUGCAAAAAAGAAGCGCGCUAUGAUGCAAAGAAAAAAGAAAAUUGAAAUGAAACCAACAUUAGUUGUUAAAAAAAUAGAUGGAGAAUAUACCGUUCAGAUGGAAGUUUUUAAGAAAUAUUCAAAGGAACGUUUAGUCUUUCAAUAUCCUUAUGAUGAAAAACCGCCUUUGAUUUACACAAUUGGAAAAACUGAAGAAGAAAAACGUAAAAUAAGAGUUCAACGUGAAAGAAGGGAGAGGCGAGAAACAAGAAGAAAAAGUCGUCUUCUACAAUCAACUUUUAGAGACAAAUGUCAAGAAAUUUGUUUAAAAGCUUAUAACCAAGCAAUUGGAUUAGCACCCCUACCAAAUCCAAACGACCCAGAAUGUCCAUGCCAAGUAAAAGAUGCUCAAAAUAUUUCACCACCAAUAGAUUCUUGUUCUUGUUCUGAUGAGGGAGAUACCAUAUCUACCAGUGAUACGGAUGGCGAUGAAUGGGUCAUUGAGUUUACACCGCCUGCUGCACGUUGGAAUACCAAGGCUAAACAUCCUCCUAUUUUAACUGAUAAUGAAUCACAAUAUACAUAUUUAGAUUAUAAAGUAAAAUUAUUUGAUAAAAGUGGGAAUCCUUUACCAAGAUACUUCAAAGGUCCUGAUGGAAAACAGGAAUGCAGUGACCUAGGAGGCUUUUGGGAUCCAGACCAUAAAAUUUGGUAUGAGAUCAAUAAAGAUGGUUACAUAGGCCCCGAUAAUAGAUGGGUACCUAUGAAUUUUAUUGGUCCUGAUGGUAUGUAUUAUUCUGCUGAAGACGGGUUUAUUACAGAUGCUAAUGGACAAGUUUUGAAAAUAGGUAUUGAUGGUUACAUUGACAAAGACGGAAAUUGGGCCUGGUAUUCUAGAAAAAAACCAUCGAAAAGUUUAAAAUCCUCGGCAACCGCUACUACUAUCGCAUCUAGGGGUACUAGACAAUUACCACAUAAAUUCGAAGACAAUAACAAAACUAAAAAUGGAAAUAAUGAUAUGAUAGCUUCUGCUACGCAUAAAAGUCCUAAAAAGUCUGCAGUAGCUUGCACCAAAGAUGGUAAUAGAGUAAAGAAAUCUGUAUCAUAUACUUCAAAGAAAGCUAAGUCACCCGUCGUUAUGAGCAUGAUGUUAAAUUAUGAUGGAUUUCGAAAACAGGCCCAGCUCAGCCACAAAUAUAAAAUAGAUGAAAAUAAAUUAGCAAAAUAUAAAGAAAUUAUGCAAAGUCUGUCUAUAUACGAUGGUAUAAGUGAACUAAAACCACCAAUAAAAGCAAGUAGAGCAUCCAACACACCUUCGAGGAGCCCAACUACACCAAACAAGUACUGUCGACCCAGGGAUAUGCAUUGCUUCAAUGAAACAAUCUGUUCACAAGUAUGCCCUAGUCCACCGCAAGAGCUGAUAGCAGCAUAAGAAAUGAUUUUUAGUCAAAGUUUGUCAGAGUCAAAUACAGUUUUAAAAACGUUAGUAUAUAUUUUGCUUAUACCAAAAACAUCUACCUAAACGGAGAUUCCUAUUGGAUCUUCUUUUUGGUACGCACACCAGGCAGGUGCAGGCUAUUUGAUGAUGUCUAAAAAAAUAAUGAUAUAAUCCCGUCAAGCCAGCAUCAUCAAUGUGGUCUUAAAUCUUUAAUAUUCCGAGAUAU